AUGUCCAACAAGAAGACCGGUCCCAGUGCCGAUGAUCUCCUCGCCCAAUUCGACACCCUCAGCACCACAGCCCGCCCACCCAAGCCCUCUACCAAACCCCGAACCACAGCCUCCACAACAAAGACCUCUCAAAGCGAAAAUGACCUCCUAAACUCCCUCGGCGACCUAGCACGCCCCUCCAGCCGCCCCGGCACCCCCUCCCUACGAGCCAACCCCACCACCACAACAGGCGCACGAGUCGCCGAGCCUCAAGAGGCGCCUACGCCUGCGGCGGGCGGGGGCUGGUGGGGAGGGCUGUUGUCUACGGCGACGGCGGCGGUGAGUCAGGCGCAGAAGGCAGUGCAGGACAUACAGAAGAAUGAGGAUGCGCAGAAGUAUUUUGAGAGCGUGAGGGGGAAUGUGGGCGUCAUUCGAGGAUUUGGCGGUGACCUAAGGUCGAUGGCUAUGCCGACGUUCCAGAAUAUCCUCCAGACGAUUGCGCCGCCCAUAUCGCAGCACGAACGGUUACAAGUCCACAUCACUCAUGAUUUUACCAAUUAUCCCACGCUCGAUCCGCUAAUCUACCAGGUCUUUUCGCGGGUUAUGUCGCAGGUCGAGGGCGGUGAUCUGAUGGUGGUGCAAAAAGGUCAAGAAGCCACAGCUCGACGAGGCUCAGGUGAUCGAUCACGAGAUUUCGGAUCGUGGCACGAUGGGCCGUGGUGGCGGAGCGGCGAGCAGCGCAGUAUUAAUGCUGUCAAGGGCAUCAUCGAGGGUAGCAAGCUCGCUCGUGCCUCUGCUGAGUCGUAUGCUUCAGAUCACAUGGCUGGCCGUGGCGGUGUGGAAGAGGUUGCGAAGAAGGCCACUGAGACGCUGAACACCAGCAACCCAACUCGUGACUCGGAGAUCUUCCUUGCGAUCCAGGCGAUAUCGCAGGCGAGGCCGGACGGUUUGUUCGCAGGCAGCUCGGCUAAGGAGGAGGAGUCGCAGGUCAAGGAAUCGCCCGACCACAGAUACUCAGAGGAAGUGCUUUUCGCCAUCUACCUGCACGAUCCGAUACACGGGAUCGCUCUGCAAGCGCUCUCACAAGCCGUCCCAGCGCAAUGGCUCGAGUGGCUCGACGCGCCAAGCGGAGGUGAGGGGACCUUGCCGGAGUCGAUUGAGGAGAUCGUUGGGUCUGGAGGCGUUGAUCCCAGAGAAUGGGUCAGUGAAUGGGUAGAGGAGACAUUGACCCUGGCCAUCGGUGUAGUUGCACAGCGGUAUGUCGCGAAGCGGAUGGGGGUCGGUGAAGGUGGCGCCAGGAAAGGUAAGGAGAUUUUGAGGCCUAAUGCUGGCCAAGAGGAUGUGAUCGAAGCUGGUGGCGGUGAGGCAUCGAGAGCAGUAGCUGGCCUGUGA